CCCGGGCGGGGCUGGCCGAGAGUCCAGCAGCUGCUGGUUGGGGCUUCCGUGACUUCCUUGUUGUGAGCCCCAGCCCGGCAGUGUCCGGAGUCGUAGCCCCGCUCGGCUUACCGGGACUGCUAGCCAGAGUCUAGGUCGCAGCCGCAACCCCAGCCCGUCGGUUACCCUUUCAUUACAGGUCCUUUCCCCGCACGCCCCGCGCUCCCUAAUAUGCCCAAUCCCAGCAUUACCUCCUCUCCCUGUUCCCUCCCCGAGGAAAUUAAGAACCUGUUGGCAGAUGUUGAAACAUUUGUAGCAGACAUACUGAAAGGAGAAAAUUUAUCCAAGAAAGCAAAGGAAAAAAGAGAAUCUCUUAUUAAGAAGAUAAAAGAUGUAAAGUCUACCUAUCUUCAGGAAUUUCAAGACAAAGGCGAUGCAGACGAUGGGGACGAGUAUGACGAUCCUUUUUCUGGGCCUCCAGACACUAUUUCAUUAGCCUCAGAAAAAUAUGAUAAAGAUGAUGAAGCCCCCUCUGAUGGAAACCAGUUUCCUCCAAUUGCAGCACAAGACCUUCCUUUUGUUUUAAAAGCUGGCUACCUUGAAAAACGCAGAAAAGAUCACAGCUUUCUGGGAUUUGAGUGGCAAAAACGGUGGUGUGCUCUCAGUAAAGGAGUAUUCUAUUAUUACGGAAGUGACAAAGACAAACAACAGAAAGGUGAAUUUGCAAUAGACGGCUACAAUGUCAGAAUGAAUAACAGCCUUCGGAAGGAUGGAAAGAAAGAUUGCUGCUUUGAAAUCUCGGCUCCCGAUAAACGUGUCUAUCAGUUCACAGCAGCCUCUCCCAAAGAUGCCGAAGAAUGGGUACAACAGCUGAAAUUUGUAUUACAAGAUAUGGGAUCUGAUAUUAUUCCUGAGGAGGAGGAUGAAAGAGAAGAGUUAUAUGAUGAUGUUGAUCACCCCUUACCAACCAGCAGUUCACAAACCAGCAGUCAACCAAUCGAUGAUGAAAUUUAUGAAGAACUUCCAGAAGAGGAAGAGGAAAGUGCUCCUGGGAAAGUGGAGGAACAAAGGAAGAUGAGCCAGGACAGCGCUCACCACACCACAGGGGAUAAAAGCACUGAUUACGCUAAUUUUUACCAGGGCUUGUGGGACUGCACAGGUGCCGUUUCUGAUGAGUUAUCAUUUAAACGUGGUGAUGUGAUUUACAUUCUUAGCAAGGAAUACAAUAGAUAUGGCUGGUGGGUAGGAGAAAUGAAGGGAGCCAUUGGCUUGGUGCCGAAAGCCUACAUAAUGGAGAUGUAUGAUAUCUGAGAGUCCUGGGAAAGGAAUAUUCUCCUGCUACUCUGCACAUGCUUUGGAUUCAGAACCUUCGUGAAAGCAGGAACGACAGCUCAUAACCUUUCUUUGUUUUGUUGAGCAUCGUGCAUCUUCAUUAUUUUAUGUGCAUUAUAACAGCCCUCUGAUGUGAAACUAAAUGAAGGAUAUUAAUGCAAAUUAGAUAGAAGCUGGAAAGUUAUACCUGUUGCUAUUUUGCAAAGAAAUAAUUGUAGCUUUUACUCAUUUGAUUUGUGUGAAGAAUUCAGCACUGUUUUAUAUGUUCUACAUAAUCACUGCUACUUCCGAUAUAAGUUUCAAUUUCUCUCAAUAUUGGACACCAGUUAUUUUUUAGACUAUAAUAUAUAAUUUCACUGAAAUUUAAACCGAAUAUGUCGUACAAGCUUUUGGUAGAUGCUAUUUAAAGAAUAAGGCUUUAUUAAAACGUUUACAUGAUUUAUCUUAGUGUUUAUUUUUCACACAAUGGUAACAUGUUUUCAUGAAAGAAUUUUUACUAAUUGGCAAAUUACUUUAUGUAAAAUAUAGCCACCAGAAAGAAAUAAGGAUAAGCUUGCCUAUGGCAGUGUGCUGUCACCUGCGACACGCACGCAGACCGGAACUGUGGUGUGCGCAAGCCCUGUGUCAGUAGCAGACAGCCUGGCUAGACGAUGGGCUUGCCGGUGUUUUCUACCCUAAGAAACCCCAUUCCCCAUGAAUAUAGCAGCACAAAUAACCUCAGUGCACUCUAAAAGUAAGGAGGUGUAACCCAGCACCCUCUCACCCUGCCUGAUCAGGACUGUGCUGCUGAAGUCCCGCCACAGAACAGUGCAACUGCAGGUGUGAGUCUCCCCUGCACACCCCGAGUCGGGGGGAAGAAACGGCUCCAAGAGGAGAGCGUGGGAGCCACAGCGGCCCCGCAGCAGCGGACGCUGAAGGGGAGCAUCGGCCUGACCGAGGAGUUACACACACGCUCUGCCCCCUGAGCAAGAGCUGCCGAAUUGUAUCUUUUUACCUUUUCGUGUACAUUAGAAAUCAAAGGUAUUUUAAAUGUCUACAAGGUACCAGUCUGGCCUUAAUAUAUAUCAAAAGGUACUGCUGAAUGGAUAAUUAUUUGGAGUAGAUAUAAUCUCCUUAUAUUGAAUCAUUGAUUAGUACAUACUACCUUUGUUGAACUUUUCAGAUCUUUGCUUCAUGAAGAUAUUCUGACCAUGCACACAAGCUGAUAAUAUUAAAAAACCUCCAUUACUUACAUGAAACUAUUUACAAACACCGUUUCAGAGUGUGUGUUUACCAUUAUCCCUCAAUGCCAUGAUCAUGUUAUUUCAAAUGUUAAAAAAUAUAUUAAGUUUAGAGAUUUGGGGUAAAUCUAGUUUAUAUGAAUUAGACAUUGUUGAGUUAAAGCUUUCAGGAAUUAAUUUGUGCGCUCAUUAAUCUUGUCCUAAUAGAAAGCCAUUGGAAUAGAUUGAAAUCAUCUUGGGAAAAGUAAGGCAAGCAGAGAUGAAACUAAUGGACUGGUUUCCAAAGCCCGAGAGGCUGAAAAGCAAAAGCAGCUGCAGGCUUGUACUGAAAACACAGCCUUGCCUGUGGAGUGGACACAGGCUUCGGGCUUCGGGCCGAGGGAAGAUUUUAGCCCCGGGCCAGUAGAUGGCAGCAGCUUUUCGUUGCACAGGAAGCUGCUUGGAAGCCCCUCCCCCACUUGGGCCCAAACUCAUACAGAAUGUAAAGCAUUUAGAACAUUUCUGCCUCCUUUUACAGUUAAUCCAGGAGAGGGAGUCCUUUGCCAACUGAUGACCAACAAUUCCUAGCCAGCUACUCUCUCCGUGAACAGUGACAGUGAAGAAAUGAAGUGUUGCUUCUGUCCACAGCUCCUCUGGCCUUUGUUCUUUUCUAACCUGAAUCUAGGUGGGAGAUAGGGAAGAAAACGAAAGAUACAAAAUUGGAGUAACAGGAAAAAUAAUCAUUACUUCCAAUUCAUGGCAACUUUAUAUUCAUUUCAUGAAAUCAUUUGUAUACUACCAGGGAGAAAGUUUUCUUUACACCCUUGACAAUAUAUCACACACUCUUCAAGAUCGUAAUAAUAUAAUUAAUGUGAAUUUAAAUAACAUGGCUUGUUAGAAAAUAUGCUAAUUGUUAUGUUCUCAUUAUGUUUGCUUAGCUUUUAUUUGUUUUUCUAUGAACAGUUAGAGAGCUAAUUUUUUUCAAAGGUGAUUGUAAGUCAUAUUUUAUAUAGCAUUUUGCUUGAUUAUUUGCUCUGUACUGAAUUUGUACUCUAUUGCCAUUAGAUCUUACAAUAAUGUUCCACUCUGCAAAUUUUUAAGGUUCAAAUAAAGUUUAAUUGUUUGCAAA